AUGGACUCUAAACCCAUAGACACUCCCGCAGCUAACCAGGCAGCAGCUAAUCAAACUGCCACUAAACCCAAUCCCUCAAAAGACGUUAAACACCCACCCCGCUAUGCAGGAUUCGUGGCCGGCGUCUUCUCCGGCAUUACAAAGCUUACAGUCGGCCAUCCUUUCGAUACAAUCAAGGUCCGCAUGCAAACCUCUGCAGAAGGAAAGUUCAAGGGCCCCAUGGACUGUCUUUACCAGACCCUACGCAAGGAAGGCGUCCGCGGUCUUUACAAGGGAGCUACUCCUCCUCUUGUUGGAUGGAUGGUCAUGGACAGUGUAAUGCUUGGAUCUUUGCACAAUUAUAGAAGAUGUAUCAAGGAUUGCGUUUACCCAGAUCACUGUGAGCUCCCAUUUGCCGGCAAGUGUGUUGCAGGAAUUCUGUCUGGCUGGACCGUCAGUUUUGUUGCAGCUCCCAUUGAGCACGUUAAGGCCCGUUUGCAAGUUCAAUACGACGCUUCUACCAAAGUUUAUUCUGGCCCUAUCAACUGUGCGGCGUCUCUCAUCAAAAAUCAUGGCAUUUUCAACGGCCUUUACAAGGGCCUGCUUUCAACAAUGAUUUUUAGAACAAACUUCCUGUUUUGGUGGGGGUCUUAUGAUAUAUUCAACACUUACUUUGAGAAGAAAACUUCUAUGAACAAAGUCAUGGCCAACUUCUGGGCCGGAGGUCUUUCGGCUACCAUUUUUUGGAUCACCGCAUACCCCGUCGAUGUGGUUAAGCAGCGCAUCAUGACCGAUGAUCUUAACAACCCUAAGUACAAGUCCUGGCUCGAUGCCUUCAAGAACGUCUACAGAACUUAUGGCUGGAAGGGUUACUUUAGAGGUUUCGGGCCUUCCAUUCUACGAUCUUUCCCUGCCAAUGCUUCUGCUCUUGCAUCUUUCGAACUUGUCAUGAGACUCUUUAACCAGGAUGCUUCGGAGGAAGAAAAGGCUGGAAUUCUGGAAGAGUAA